AUGCAGCAGGCCGUACUGUCUGUGAUCAAUGGUGAUCAUGGGUAUAAAAAGGCAGCUGCAAUGUAUGGUGUGCCACAGACAACCCUCGAACGCAGAGUGGCUAAAUUUAAGAAAAAUCCUAAUAUUGAGGAUGCUUGCAAAAAGACGCUAGACGCAUUCAAAACUAUCUUUACAUGGGAAAAGGAGGCAGAACUUGUUCAGUAUGUUCGGCAGAUGGAAAAAAUGCUUUUUGGCCUAACCUUCUAUGAGCUGAGAAAACUUGCCUUUGAACUGGCUGAAAAAAAUAAAAAGGCUCAUAAAUUUAAUAAAGAGGAGGGGGUGGCCGGUUACGACUGGUAUCAGGGCAUUUCUACCGUCCCUAAGUUGCUGUCAAAAGUUAUUUCCACAAAAGGAAAAAGGCAAGUUGGGUCUCUUACAUCUGCAGAAAGGGGUCAACUUGUUACAGCAGUAGUUUGCUGUUCAGCAAGUGGCAGAUACAUGCCACCUAUGUUAAUCUUUCCCCGUCAGCGCAUGAAGGUAGAGUUGAUGGAUAGAGCACCUCCUGGUGCUUGGGCAGAAUGCCACCCAAGUGGAUGGAUCCAGACUGAUUUAUUUAUAAAUUGGUUAAAGAAAUUUAUAUUACACACAGAAGCCACAAAAGAUUCAACAGUUUUUUUAAUAUUAGAUGGACAUACGACACACACUAAAAGCAUAGAGCUUAUUGACACUGCCAGAGAGAAUGGUAUCAUUCUCUUUUGUUUGCCUCCACACUGCACUCACAAAAUGCAACCUCUUGACAUUUCGUUUAUGAAACCUCUGAGUAAAUUUUAUGACCAUAAUUUAAGGAAAUGGUUAAGAACAAAUCCUGGGCAUGCAGUAACGCAAUUUAAAAUUGCAUCACUGUUUGGUGCGUCAUAUCUUGAUGUUGCUACCAUGACUAAUGCAAUCAAUGGAUUUAAAAAAGCAGGUAUUUGGCCAGUGGAUAGGUCAGUAUUUACUGAUGCUGAUUUUAUAGCCGCGGAAGUAACAGACAUGAGCAUUAUUACUGAGGAUACUGAAAGUUUUGUUACCAAGGAUUCAGCCCUUACCACUGUCUCUGCUCCUGCCACUAAACCUUCAGAUAGCACAUCAACCACUGAACCUUCCACUUCAUGUACCGGUAGCACAUUCGCCACUGAACCUUCAACUUCAUGUAGGCCUAGCACAUCAACCACUGUACCUUCAAGCUUUGCAAUCUCGCCUCGUCAUUUGCUGCCCAUCCCAAAACAGGCCCAAAGAAAACCUUGGUUCAAAAGCUACUUAUCUAAUAGUAAACAAUACAUUUCAUUCGGCAAUGAAAAAAACUAA